AUACUGUGUCACAGAGAGGUUCAGCACAAAGGAUAGCCUUGUCAGCUUGUGGGGCAAUCCUUUGGAAUGCACUGGAGAUUUGUUGUACAGGUGAGAUAACAAUGACAUCCAAUGAGUCUGAAAACAUUAGGAGGGACUUGUUACCUCCAUUGCGCUGAGCUUGUUGCGCCACUUGGAGGUAUUGUUCCAUGCGAACCUGCCAUCGCAGGUACUCGGGUUGCCCAUCCUUCCAGGCUUUCUUCCCUUUGUCUGCUCGGAUGAUGAUAGGUGGUCGAUAGCCAUUGCGUAGUGCCGAAUAGAAAUAGUUUCGAAAGUUUCGAUGCAAUUGCAGAUCUCUGGACCCGUCGAAUUCCUCCUCAUCAAAGGCAGAAAGCCUGAAAAGCGGGACCUCUCUUGGUGGUGACACCAAGUAGGUAUAGAGUUGGAUCGAAUACUCUUCAUCAUCGUUGCCAUGACUGUUGUAGUCAUCUGGAAGAAGAAAUGCUCGAUGAUGUGGUUUGGUGAUGGCAGGAGAAUCAUCAUUGAAGGCUCUCACGGCUUCCAAGAGGAAACGAUUGUUCCCCGACCAACGAAUGGAUUGAAACAUAACAGGCAACGCCAAGGCUGACAACCCAAUAGUAGCCAUCAGCCGUGGCAAAGACAGUUUCCAUUUGGAAGCCUGCCAACGCACCCAAAACCCCAUCCAUAGCCAACGAAAGUGAUUCCUAUUCUCCUUUCGGUCGUCAUUCGUAGCAUGACUUUGAUUGCCAUUCAUCAUUCUCUUCACUUCUGUUCUUCUUCAAGGCUCCCAUGAAAUGUGGUACUGUGGCUGCUUGGCUUAAUUUUCCCAGAAGCUUGCGUUGCCCCAAUAUUUGCGGUAGGAUACCGCGACCGGUACUGGCCUCUUUAGGUCUCGUUCCUCGUAGAAGUCGUCUUCGGUAAGGUAUCCCAGGACCGGUAGGGUGUUACAGUACGUACGGUGCUGGUGCCCCCUUCACGUCUCGAGCUCAUUCUCAUAAAGUCGUUACCGGUACUUCCCUCGCCUCCCCAUUUCUCCAGUCCUGCUUGAAACACCUCGACCCCCUGCUUCGAAAGAUUUAAGCUAGCCAAUCUGAUUUACCACCGUCUCGAAAAAUGAGACGACGCCAAAAACGGCCGUUGCGGGAGGCAGAUCAGUGACCUGACCGCAGAUCCGUCGAGUUGUACUGUAUGGCAUACAUGCAUGUUCGACCGAUACUUGAAUGGAAUGCAACUGCUUCAGAGACUAUCGUGGGAAUAGGGAAGUAGCAUUAUCAGUCUCGCCGUUGGUACCGGACCAAAGACUUGAAGCAGCAGGCAGUUAUAGUUCGUAGAGCCCCCCAUUUUGGCCUUUACAACGCUUGGAUAAGCAAGCAGGUCAACAGCUAUAGCUAGCUAGUGACAAGAAGAAUGAGCUCAAAGCACAACAUCAAGAACGUUCGUGCCUCUUCGGCAAGUAUAGCACUAUCAGAACUCUCUAUAUCUGCGGCAUCUGCUGGCGUGGCAGAAGCACAAGACAAGAUGGGUGAAGAGGGACGAGACAGAAACCACGACCGACGAUCCGGCCAAGAAGAUGAUUCGGAAGACGCAACCGAACAGCAGGCUCUCUUAUUGCAGGAUGAACCACCAACGAACAGCUCCAGCCGCCAAGAUGCCAGUGGAGACAACAACAACAACGACAACUCCAAUGAAAGAAGCAGCCGCACGGACAACAGCUCUUCCUCUACGAGACCUAAUACUCCCCGAACCUAUAAUCCAAUCCGCUGGAUUCUGUCUUACAUGCAAUGCAUUGCCUUUACCGAAGAAGAAGAUGAUGAACAGAAUCCUUUCAGCAAACGCAGACUUUGCUUUAUUGUCUUUAUUGCACUUCUUUCUAUUGUCAUCAACCUCAUUGUCAUUCCAGUGGUGCUGACUCGCAUGGAACAUUCCAGAAGCGACAGACAAACUCCUCCUCCCACCAGAGCUCCAACGACACAACUCACCAACACGUCGUCACCCACAUUUGGACCGCUACCGACGCCUUCCCCCGUGCCCAACAUUCCUGUUCCUAUACCCAACAAUGCGGCCGUGGCCAUUGCCUUGCCUCCCUACACACUCGACGCACUCAAUGAUCCACAAUCACCACAAUUCAAAGCAUUCCAGUGGCUUGCCGAUGACCCCAACGUGGCCACCUAUUCGUCGUUUCGAACCUUGCAACGAAUGGCACUGGCUACCAUUUUCUAUGCCACCAAUACCAACACCGACGAAGAGGAAAUUGAAUCCGCAUCCAACAAGCAAGGCAAACUCCUACAGACAAGACAACAAGACAGCACACCCGAGACGGAAGCUCCAGACGGCUUUGAUCCCGACGUCUUUGCUAAUUUGUUUGAUGGAGAAAGUCAGGAAUUAGUACUCGUGUGGAAAGAUGCCACUCAUUGGUUGAGCUACACCAUUCAUGAAUGCUUUUGGUAUUCAGAGUCACCGUUUGUUUGUGACUCCCAACAAUACUACCGAUACCUGACAUUGCCCGACAAUAAUCUGGUGGGCAGCAUCCCGCCCGAAGUCGGUCUCCUCACGCGGCUGCAACAAAUUCAUCUCGGACACAAUGAGGGGUUGUACGGAAGUAUUCCCACGCAUAUUGCGUUCCUCACGCAAUUGGAAGAAUUGCGGUUGUCCCACUUGCCACAACUCACGGGGACACUGCCACAUACCAUUUCCCAUUUGCACAUGUACUUGCGACAAAUCCAAUUGCAAGAAACACCGCGAUUUCUCAAACUAUUAUCAACCGACUUGGGCCGACUCACCCGUUUGCAAGACUUGCGAUUGGAAACAAGAGAUAUUCGAGAAUCGUCCUUUUUUGCCGCUAUCAACAACAACCGGCCACCUCGUCCGCUCCCCACUGAAAUGGGCAAUCUACGAAACCUCCGCAACUUUACCAUUUCGGGACAAGAAUUGGCCGGAACCUUGCCAACGCAAUUGGCCAAAUUGACGCGAUUGGAAUGGUUGCACAUUGUGUCGACUCAAAUCACGGGGACUAUUCCACGCGACUUUGGAGACAUGAUUAGUCUCACAUCGUUGGAACUCACGCACAGCGGCCUACGCGGACGAUUGCCCAAGGAACUCUCGCAUUUGCGACGAACGCUCACCAAACUCAGUGUCAACAAUCAAGCAUUUACCGGGACGAUUCCCUUUCAAUUUUCCAAUCUGACGUGGUGCACCACACAGAAUUAUCAACACAAUCAGCUGUCGGGAACCGUGCCGCUGGGGAUCUGUUAUCUGCACAAUAGUGGUAUUCUCCAGACGCUGAGAGUGGAUUGUCGACACGACCAGGUGCAGUGCAGCUGUGACUGUGAAUGUUUCUAACUAUUAGAAUCAUCAUGCAAUUCAGUGCAAUGCAAUGCAACUGACGGAUCAUCCAAUCGAACAUCGAAAAAGUGUCGCUUCCAGUAUUGCAUCUCGUCGGCCUAAUAAUCAUGCAAUACGGUGCAAUGCAAUGGCCGGAUCAUCCAAUCGAAUGCGACCAAAGUCCAGCGCUGUCGCCCGCCGCAGCCAGAGUUGGAGGCGGAACCCAGAUUCGCGGCAGCAAUCGGGGGUCCGAGAGCGAGGGGAUUGGGCAUGUGAUGUAGCAUAAAUGACUAAAUAGAGGGUUAAGGAGCGAGGGGAGCU